AUGAUUGAGCAUGUAAUCAGAAAAAGAGUCGCGGAAAAGCAAAUUCUGGAAAACGAUUAUCUGCAACUCUCACACCUUCACUGUGCCGGAGUGUUGCCUUCGCCCUGCCGCCAAGUACGACGCCGGCGGCCAGUGCAGCAUUCCCAAUUGCCUCCGCCGUUUAUCCCCACUUCGACUCCCCACUUCAGCCGGAUGGCCCAGGAACAACGGGCUAGUGUAGGUCUCUACGAGCCGCUGCCUCAGCGACUCGGCGGUACUAACGCGCGACCCUCGUCUGUAUCGCUGGGUUCCAUCUUGCCAUUCCCCCGCGGCGCCAACAUACCCGCUGAGGACGCGCUGAACGCUCGAGUGAGAAACCGCGCUCUGCUGUUGGACAGCGACAGCAAAGUCAAAAAAACUGAUACGAAGCUCAAAUCGCGCAAAAAGGGACGCGCGGCCGCUGGGAAAGUCGUCAUCCCCAAGGCGGAGCAGAAGUACGAGCUAUACGUCCCUCUUAUGCAGCUGUGGACGGACUACGCAUCCAAGCUGAUCAAGGAUGAAAACGUGACCAACUACGGCGACCGCGUGCUGCGCAUGGACCUGCAUGGAGCGCCUGUCCACGUGGUGAGGUCGCGCGAUCCGGGGCUCGUAGGCAUUAAGGGAAUUCUCGUCGCGGAGACUGCGAAUACCAUCAUAGUGGUCACCGAGAAGGACCGGGCGCUCACGGUUCCGAAGAACGUUGCGGUGAUUCGUAUUGAGUUUGGCAAGAUUGCAUUGGAGAUUUCGCUGCCGGCUCUCCAGUUUAGAGCUAGCGAAAGGGCAGCACGCAAGAUCAAGAAACGACAUCUACCUGCGUUGUAG